AUGAUAAGAAUAAAUUUUAUUUUUAAUUAUACACGAAACUUAUGUUCAAAUGUAAAAAAUAAUAGUAAUAAACUUCAAAUAUCAUUUCCAAAAGUUAAAAAAGAAUUUAUACGUAGUAGUGGACCUGGAGGACAAAAUGUAAAUCAAGUUUCAACAAAAGUCCAAUUAACCUGUCAUAUAGAUGAUGUAUGUGGAAUUACAAAUGACUUAAAAGAGUAUGUAAAAGAAAAACAUAAAUUAACAAAAUAUGGUGAAAUAAUUGUGGAAUCAGAUAAAUUUAGAACUCAGAAUGAUAACAAUGCUGAUUGUUACCAAAAAUUGUAUGAUAUUUUUGAAAAGUAUCAUAAGGAAUUGCAAUUUAUCAAUAGAGUACCCACAAAAGAAGAGCUAAAAUUUUUAGAAAAAAGAGAAGAAAGAAAAGCAAAAUAUCGUUUAGAAGAAAAAAGAAGGAGAGCAUUAAAAAAACAAAGUCGAUCUACUGAUUUUUAA